AUGCUUCAAUUUAUGGAGUUUUUAACAUUUAUGAAACUUCUUCUUUUAUCUAACAGCCCACUUCAGAUGCCUUUUCCAAUUCCAAAUCAACAACAAUUCAUGGCACAGCUUCCUAAUCGACCGAUUCCCAAAGCAUCUUUGUUUCAACAAAUGGCACAUCGUGGUUUGAGUCAUGCUGCCAACUUGAGUCCUCAAGAAAUUGACGCAAUGUUGACGAAUUUCUUACAAAUGAUGGAUUUAGAAUUUAAGAAGAAAUAUCAGCAGAAUGGAGAGAAGCUGGAAGGAACAUGUGAAGAUCGAUUUUUCUGUGAAGUUGCUUUGCAAGGGAGAAAAGUUAAAGCAGAUCCCAUGCAUCGAAUGCUUUUCAAUAUCGCUUUAGAAACGCCACCGGAUCUUGCAUCGAAGAGUGGACUUGGAGAAAUAUUUAAAGCAAUAAAACGAUUGAAUUGCGAUGUAUUUAAAUGUAGCAAAAUACAAAAAUUAAUGUAA